GGGCAACAUGGCGCUUGGCAGAAUCGGCGGUUUCGUCCGAAUACUGCUUAAUGAUGUUCCCUCAAAAGGAUUAUAUCGUGGCCUCAUACAAUCGGACUGUAUGGCAUGCAGAGUAGGAGGUAUAUGAAUAACUUAUUUUAUGUAUAUAAUGUCAUGGUGCAGUACCUGUGCCGCUAGCGCUAGCUUGUCGACCACCACGGAAUCUGUCUCAAUGCCAAUGUCACUUGUGUGACAGCGGCUGAGCUGUCUCUCCUGUCCUUUUAUCAUAUUUAUCUAUCUUGGAACUACUUCAACUUUCCAGACGAAUGUGUAAUGCAUGCAGUCAAUUUCCACAAGUGUUGAACUUGUUCAGAUACAUGGGCAAUUACAGUACCGUGCCCGGUCAUGUCCAGAUGGGCUACAGCUUUUGUCAAAUUGACGUCAAAAGUAUUUUUUAUUUUUUUGCAUUUGAGCUAAUAAUAAUAUGCCAUUUAGCAGACGCUUUUAUCCUAACCCUUUCUUAACCUUAACCUAAUUCCUAUUCAUGUAUAUGUUGACUACUCCUGUUGCUUCAUUCAUUUCAGCAAAAAGGCAUCUGCUGUCAGAGGAUGUUGUCAAGCUACAAGAAUUUCAGCAGCGGAAACUGGCAGUGGCUCAUCAAGUGUCCGGAUCAAAAAGUAGGUUACUGUACUGAUUCUGAUAUGACCUUACUGUUUGGAUGUAAUACUACCGUGCUGCAACUACUAGUUUUGAAGUUGACAGACCAUGUUAUAUUCUCCAGGUCAUUAUUUUGAGGUAUUUAAUCAGAAGCUGAAGAAGAAACAGCUAAUAUUGAAGGAUGAGUUAAAGCUGCUUCUACACCUUUGCCAAUCUGCAGAGGACAUGGUCACAGCCAGAGGUGCCAUCUACAGGUAUGGGUCACACAGUGAGAUACUAGUUUCUUGCUAAUGCAUUGUGGCCACUGACCAGAUGAUUGAGUAUUUCAUACUUCACAUAUUCAGUGGUGUCAAACUCUAUCCUAAGUAUCCUCACAAUUAGCUGUCAAAACAGACCUGAAGAUGAAGUCUCCUCAUCAACUGUGUUACGGACAGAUAAAGCAUAAGUUUGAAAUAGUUUAAUGCAAUCUUGUAGUUUGACUAAUGUUGGUAGUCUAACUUCGUCAUGGUUCUGUGUUUGUGUAUGUUUGUGUGUUCUGCAUGUUCCGCUGUCCAGGUACCAUGAGGAGAACAGUAAUGUAGCAUUUGGAGAGUUUAAGUUUGGUCCUCUCUUCAUGAGGCUGUGCUAUGAACUGGGGCUGGAGGAUAUGGCUGCUGCCACACUGACAGACAAGGUAACAAUCUAUUAAUAUGCAGUACUUAGACUACAUUAAUAAUUUGUCAGGGAAUAAUCAACAUCUCUGAAUGAACGAAGAUUAACAAGUGCUAUAGAGAUCAUAUCAUGUAAUUAUAUUAGUGCAGUCCCAUAGACUAGGGUAUUGAUUGAAGUUUACACAUACUGUAGCUGGUCAAGUUGUAAAUAAACAAAUCUCCUUUCUCUAACAGGAUUUGAGAGGAUUCUUCUCUGACUCGACCUCCUUCAAUAUUGCCAUAGACAUGUUGUUUAUGAAAGGAUUAUAUGAGAGUAAGUGACAUCCUUUUAAUAUUAGAAGGCAGCACACAUUCAACAAGAAAAUGAAUAUUUAUAGAUGACUGAUCUCUGUCGUCACUAAACCAUGUCCAUACUACUAGGUGCUCUGGAUGUACUGCGAGACAUGAAGAACCAAGGUGUGCCAUUCACCAAAGACACAUUCACAUUAGCAACUGGGACCUGCUAUAAACUGGUGAGGAUUUGUCCACCUUGCAGACAUUGUAUUGGUCCACCCUAUAGACCUUUUCAACUGUCAGAACAAUAACACGUUCUAUAUGCAUGCUCAUCCAAGAGUAGGCUGGACAACAGAAUGAGUCAAAAUUCACCCAAGGCUGAAAAACAGCAAAAGAGCAUUGGCUGAGCUGGAACACUAGCGCGAGGCCAUAGCAAAUGAAUUGAAACAAACCUUUGCAGAGCCUCUUCUGACUGGAGUGAUGCUUAGAAUUCCAUUUAGCCUAAAUGGCACUAAAAAAUGUAUACAUUUUUAUUUUACCACUGCAAUCUGUUCUUAGGACGAAAAAAAAAAAAACUUGUGUAGAAAGUAAACAUCCGCACCUCGAUGGUGUCAACUGUGCUUAUGUCUGCGUAAUGAAAACUUGUGACUAUUUCUCUGGUCUAGUGAUCGAUGACAACAGAGCUCUCUGCCCAGACUUUGGCGAAAUAGACCGGCAUGCCUUUCCAUAGGAAAACAAUGGGCGGAGCUCAGUGUUCCAAGGGCAAAAAGUAUUUUGGAGCUAGCAUUUGAUGACAACCGAGCACUUUGACUUGAUGACAGCUUUGCACACUCUUGGCAUUCUCUCAACCAGCUUCACCUAGAUUGCUUUUCCAACAGUCUUGAAGGAGUUCACACACAUGCUGAGCACUUGUUGGCUGCUUUUCCUUCACUCUGCCGUCCGACUCAUCCCAAACCAUCUCAAUUGGGUUGAGGUCAGAGGAUUGUGGAGGCCAGGUCAUCUGAUGCAGCACUCCAUCACUCUCCUUCUUGGUCAAAUAGCCCUUACACAGCCUGGAGGUGUGUUGGGUCAUUGUCCUGUUGAAAAACAAAUGAUAGUCCCACUAAGCCCAAACCAGAUGGGAUGGCGAAUCGCUGCAGAAUGCUGUGGUAGCCAUGCUGGUUAAGUGUGCCUUGAAUUCUAAAUAAAUCACAGACAGUGUCACCAGCAAAGCACCCCCUCACCAUAACACCACCUCCUCCAUGCUUUACGGUGGGAAAUACACAUGAGGAGAUAAUCCGUUCACACACACCGCGUCUCACAAAGACACUGCGGUUUGAACCAAAAAUCACCAAUUUGGACUCCAGACCAAAGGACACAUUUCUACCGGUCUAAUGUCCAUUGCUCGUGUUUCUUGGCCCAAGCAGGUCUCUUCUUAUUAUUGGUGUCCUUUUAGUAGUGGUUUCUUUGCAGCAAUUCGACCGUGAAGGCCUGAUUCACACAGUCCCCUCUGAACAGUUCCCCUCUGAACAGUUGAUGUUGAGAUGUGUCUGUUACUUGAAGUCUGUGAAGCAUUUAUUUGGGCUGCGAUUUCUGAGGCUGGUAACUCUAAUGAACUUAUCCUCUGCUGCAGAGGUAACUCUGGGUCUUCCAUUCCUGUGGCAGUCCUCAUGAGAGCCAGUUUCAUCAUAGUGCUUGAUCAAUCAUAUUGCUGCUAUGGCCUAUAACUGAUGCUUUGUGGUCUUAUGCUGCCAUCUAUUGGAAAUAUUUAGCAAUUCAAAGUUAUUAAUUCACAUAAAGACAUUGGUGAGGCAGCUGAGAAAUGAAGUGUUUUUUUCUUAUUAAUUCCUAAGAUCAGUCUCAAACCUGCCCCUCCUAUCCCAGCCAAUUGCUGGACUUUCACAUAUAGGUUACUAGGUCACACCCAGUUCAAACCACAUUUGAAAAAUAAAAUGUGGCUUGUUUAUCAAGUGUUCUGCCUUGCAAUAACAAAUAACUAAUAACAACAAAAAAACUGCAAAAUGCUUACAUAGGUUUUUAUUUUAAAAAUAACAAUCAAAAUGGUAUUUAGUACUAUAAUGGUAUUUACUAACAUAAUAUUAUUACAAAAAUAGUUUAGAAAAGUGUUUUAGGCUACCCUACCCAAGAAUUACGGUUAGGGUUAAGGCUAAAAUAGGUUAUACCUAGGGUUAGGGCUAAAAUAGGUUAUACCUAGGGUUAGGGUUAGAAUUGUGGUGACCAUUAUGGCUAUAGGUGCAUUUUGUUACAAGUCAGGGUGAGGGUUAGGUUGACCAUUACAGCUAUAGGUCCGUUGUUUUACCAGGAAGGUUUAGGGUUACAAUUACAGUUGUAGGUGCAUUGUCUUACCAGUCAGGGUUAGGGUUAGAAUUACGGUGACCAUUAAAGCAAAGGUGCAUUGUGUUACCGGUUAGGGUUGGAAUUACGGUGACCAUUAAAACUAUAGAUGUAUUAUAUUGCCAGUUAGGGUUACGGUUAGGGUUGCCAUUACAGCUAUAUGUGCAUUGUAUUACCCGUUAGGGUUACGGUUACCAUUACAGCUGUAAGUGCAUUGUGUUACCAGUCAGGGUUACAGUUAGUGUUAGGGUUAGAGUUACUGUGACCAUUACAGCUAAAGGUGCAUUGUGUUACAAGUCAGGGUUAGGGUUAGAAUUGUGGUGACCAUUACAGCUAUAGGUCCGUUGUUUUACCAGUAAGGUUUAGGGUUACGGUUAGGGUUACCAUUACAGCUGUAGGUGAAUUGUGUUACCAGUCAGGGUUAGGGUUAAGUCUAAAAUAAGUUAUACGUAGGUUUAGGGUUUUUAAGGCAAAAAAACAGUAUGGGUUUAUAGCCCUCUUGCUCCUCCCUGUGGCCUUCUGUGGGUACUACAUAACUAAUUUGUGACACUUGCUAGGCUCAUCUGAGGGAGCAAAUGCGUCAGAUCUACAAAUCAAUGAGCUAGACCUGUCCAUUUUUGGUUUGCAACUGAGUGAACCUGCGCAGCAUUCGCUCAAUUCGAUGCCUACGAACAAACAGAUUUCAACGCAUAGCAAAUUACCCAGCAGCCAUUUAGAAACAACAAAUCGUCAAAAAAAAGAGGUUAAUUCUUAAUUAGAAAAUGUAUUCUGGCUGCCACCGUGCUCAAUAGAACUAAUAGGAGCUGGCAGGGUGAAAAAUGCCCUAAAAUAAGGCCUGUUUUUUUCACAAUUACUUCAGAACUACGGCAAGCAGCUGGGACAUAUGGAAAUAUUAUGAUACUUGGCUCCACGACGGAUGCAAUGAACUAGUUUUUAUCAGAAAAAAGCGUUGUUAAAAAUGUAAUGUGUCCAGCCUACCAAGAGGUUCCCCAGCAAACAUCCAGUGCUGCAUCGCGCCAUAAUUGCUAGCUAGCUAGCUAGCUAAUUAGUUGGCUAGCUAGCACAAAAUGACAAGUUCGUAUUUCUUGAUUCAACCAAAAAACAGAACAAACGCCUCAUAUACACAAAUUGACUUGUUGUUAACAGAGAGACACUAAACAAAUUCUCAGACAGCGUUUAUUUCCAGUUUAUUAUCCGUUUGCUUUGGUAGUGUUAGCUAGCUGUAUUUGGGUAACACAGCAAAUAACCACAAAGCUAGCGUGAUGUGAAGAUAGAGAAAGAUCAGUUUACCUUGUUAGCCAGCUAGAUAGAUGAAUUUCUCUCACGACAGCCAACAAUUUAACUAAAAAUGUAGCUAGCAUACGGGUCCAAAGUUUGAUGACCACAUUGUUUACAUCAAAAAUUAGCUAGCAGCAGUAAUUAACCACUAUAUCAACCCCUCACCAAUCUCUCUCCUAGCUCUUCGUCUGCUUCCUCCAAAACGCAACUAUAUUUUACCCAGGUGUGUUGCCCACUUAGUUUCAAUUAAGAAACAUACUGUAGUUUUAAUGAACCGCCUGCUUGUGCUAGGCAUGUAUUAUCGACCUCACGUUAUGAGACCUAGCUAGUGGUUUGUUUACAUGUAGUAAAACUAGACAAUAAUACAAAUACUUGCGCUGACACCUUGUGAUGAUAAUGUUGAACUGCAUAUAAUUACACCAGGAUGAUGUCAUCCUUAAGGUCUACCUUCAUUAAAAGGUUUUGAUGACGGCAUGUAGCUGUAGAAGUCAAAUCUGGUAUCCUUCAACAUGGUUAGCCUCAUUAAUUGUCUAAUGAAAAGGAAAAACCCACACAAUGCUCUUGCUAGUAUCAGCCUUUUCUUUUCUUUCAAGUUAUUAGCAAAUGAUUCCCACACACAUAAGUUAUCUCAGAUGUGUGAGUGCUUUUCCUAUUUCUAAUAGUAUCAUUUCAAAUGGAGAAAACAUCUCAGUAAAAUGUAAACAAUGUGAGGAUUUGCUAAUCCUGUUUCAGUAUAGAAAUGACAAGCCACAUCUACAAGUGCAUUGGACACGCCCACGAGGCCAAUACUAAUCCCAUCAUAUGUCUGCAUUGGGCAUGCAUGCCAUAAAUAAUCUCACAUCCACUGUAAGCAAUGGAACCAAAAGGGUAGAGUACGGAUAGUGGAGGCAAGAGAAAAAUACCCUAGAGAGUGACCACAGUGAAGGGUCACUUUUACAUGGGCUGCAAAGUAGCCAUGUAAUGUAUGAGUUCCAUCCCUGUAUGGCUGACCGGACCGGGACGCCAAACCCUAAUCAAAUGACACUUUAAGCAAGCAUGCCAACCACUGGAGGAGGGCAGUGUGUGUAGCAGAAUGAAGCAAAUCGUCGCAAAAUUGCAGGAGGAGAUCCUCUCGCAUCUGAGAUGCUUACAUUAUUCAAAUAUAGAUACAUUCAUGAUAGACAGAAGGACACACUACUUCAAAUCUCAGGGGGAUGACAUCACAUCACAGUGGCUACUAGAACUCACCUGCAGAACACCUCUGCUACAGUCACACCCCCUUUCACCUCCUAUGCUGCCAACAGUAUAACUCAACCGCUGACUGCGUGAUCUGAGUCAAUGUAGCAGAAUUAAAUACCCACAAAAUGAAUUAUGUGGGUGCUAGUUUACACAGUUUGCUCUGCUGGCUGUUGAGGUUAAUGCGGAGAAGUAGGUGGUCAGUGAGUGUAGCAGCUGAGGGGUGAGUGUGUAGCACAUGUGAACUAGUUGACAGGUGAGUGUUAGGCUCUUUCUCAAUUCAUCCUUCCUCGAUUCCUCUCAUCGCAUCCUUCUCAAAACCCAUUGGAGAGUUGUGAUACAAUACAGGAUGCGUGUGGUCUAAUCAGGGAAAGACAAAGCCCUAGUAGCCAUCGUGUGGUGAUGUCACCUGCCCUGAGACCUAAAGUACUGUUAUUCUAGCCCAACCAAGAUCAUGGUUUUGGUAGGAUAAUGGACACUGCUUUGUGCGUAUGAAGUGCUGUUGUGGAAGGAGAUUGCAUCCUAGGUCAGCCAUGCAGGGAUUGUUACACCCACACCAAUGAUCAAGGAUAUUGGCUUCAGGUGCAAAUCUGUGCAAUAUCAUCAGACAAAAUGAGAGUGAGUGACAACCAAAUAAAACAGACAACGGGAAUGUUCAAUGACCAGAAAUACACUAUUCUUAAUAGAAAUUAGACCAGGACUUGCAUCAUUAUUCUCAAGUGAUAUAACAUUUUAUAUUUUGUUGCAAUUGUGUUUUUGUGUUAUCAUAGUUCUCUCUUUGGGACUGGAAAUCUGUUCAUUAGUGAAUUUGGUCAACAGAAUAAUGAAUGGCUUAUUUGCUACGUGAGGUUUAUUUGAUCAAAUAGAAGUUUCGUAAUGCUUAAGUUGGUAGGAGUGUACUGAUAUAAGUAGGACACGUGACAUCCCGGCAACUUUGAGAAAAAAUACUUAUUUUGUCUCGAUAUGGCUAUGCAUAUUCAUGGCAUGAGGCUAGUAGCAUCUCCCUCAAUUGAAUAAAGGCAGUCGACGUCAACAACCUUCAUUGAAUAUUCCAAAAAGGAUUACAAUAAUGAGAUGUAUCCACCAAUCCGAAGAAAGGAUAGUCGGGAGCUAGACAGCCCACCGUGCCUCUUUGUGGACAACGACUCCCAUUGUUAGGGCGGAGAGACAUUUAUCUUGUCAGUAUAUCCAUAAUCUUUGUCUAUAGACAGGUGAUGUAAUGCCCUGUUUCCGGUUUACCAGAACACCCCAGAGUCCUAUAGAAUCUGUGCUGCCCUGAUGGAGGAGGGACAGACCAAAGGACACAUGAUGCCCAGGCACGCCUACUGCUUCACUGUGGCGCUAGCACUUAGACAGGUUGGUCAUCCAUCCAUCCUCUCUCGCUUGCUCUCGCUCUCUCUCUCUCAUAUACAAAUUUACAUUUUACAUUUUAGUCAUUUAGCAGACACUCUUAUCCAGAGCGAUUUACAGUUAGUGAGUGCAUAAAUUUUUCAUACUGGCCCCCCGUGGGAAUCGAACCCACAACCCUGGCGUUGCAAGCGCCAUGCUCUACCAACUGAGCUACAGGAGGCUACAAAUGUGAUUCAAUAUAUUUUAUUUUCCUUCCAGAAUGAUGUUGAAAAAGCACAAUCCAUGUUUGGUCAGAUUAUGAGCACUGACAGCAGAAUAUGCCAAAAUCUCAAAGUGAGUUCUAAUAUUCAGUCUUCACUAUAACUUUGUAAUGUGUCUAGCUCCCACCCUGGGAGCAUCCUAUUUGAUGUAGUUUUUGUGGUGGUGUUCCAGGUUCUGAUACUGGCUAUGGCAGGAGCUGUGAAAGAAUCCCUCUUUGUCCUGACCCUAGCCUUGGGCUCUAGCAGCUCUGUCUUUAUCAAGAAGCCUGAAUUUGCACAGGAAGUGGUAAGAAAAGAACCCUACAAAUGGAUGUUUGUAAUGUCUGGUGCAUAACCUAUACGUAAUUAUCUCUGAGUCAUCCAGUCACAAAUAUCAUUCAUCAGUACGUGUGUGUGUGUGACCUCUUUCUCAGGUGGACCUGGUGUGUUUGCGGAGCGAGGACAGUCCUUUGAUGGCGAGUGUGGAGGAGGCAGUGUCCCGCCUCCAACAUGCGGGUCAGGUGACCCAACGGAGCCUGGACGAGAUGUUGUGUCACACUCCCACAGGGAAGAGGAGGAUGCCCAAAGGAAUGAUGGAGGAGAGACUGAUCAGCCGGAGGACUCUGAGGCCCCUGCAGUCCACUCUGCUCUCAGAGUGAGAAGGAGGACUAGGUGUAUCUCUCAGCAUGUUUGAGGGGAUCAGUUUGAGCAAGGCGAGGUGCCGAAUCGGCAAUCUUGACCCUAUAAUGAGUAGUUAUUUGGGAUGCAAGGUGAUUUUUAGAUCAGUGAUUCUGUGCAGUCCGACUGCAAUGUAGUCAUCUUAAAAACGCAUGCUGGGUUUCAUCCUAAACUCAGCUUUAACUUAAACUUUAGCUGUCCCAGUCAUGGCCGUCUCACACCACCCAAAAAGGACUGAACAGAGAUGGUCUCUGAGCUGUGCUCUCUCUCUUUCUCAACCCAGACCUGGACCUUAGUUUGACUGUACUGUGAAAUUGACCUUUCCUCUCAACCAGAGACCCCUCUGUAUCCCUCCUUCUUGGUAUUUUUGGUAUAUCCUAAAUUAUGCUGUAGGAUGGAACAGAUAUGCUUGUAAAUUCAAUGGCUGGAGAGAUCCUUCAGAGCCUUUCAGAAAGAACAAACUCAUGACUGCUGACUGUGGAAAGGCUCCCUUGAAUUCAAGGGAUGCUCACCUCACAUCAAUGCAACACUAUAACAUCAGCCAUUGACAGCAAUGUGUGGAAAUAAGAAUGUAAGGGUAUGGUGAGACAAAUGUAUACACACCUCUAAUUAUGUAUGAUCAAAGUGUAUUAAAUAUUUAAUUAUAUAAAAACAGUUGGUAUUUUUCUUAGUUUUGAUAGCAG